AUGGAGUCUGCAAUUCGCUGGUCGCCGAGCUCAACUGCGGCGGAACAACGCUUUCUCUCGGUCGACGUCACUGGCAAGGCAUUUCGCCUAUGCAGAGUCACAGGUUUUCAUGGUCGGAAUAUACAGCACGAAGUUAUUUCACAUAUUAGAGAUACCCCAUCCUUUCGCGCAUUCGACUGGUCGGCCUCGAACGAGAACCUGAUCGUGGUAGGCCAAUCGUCAGGCGAAGCUACGAUUCUACGCCUCGACGCCGAUCCGAAAGAUUCGCUUUCCUUCCCCGUCCGAAAUCAACGGUAUUGUAAUGCAGUGGCAUUUAGUGCACAUGGACUCGUGGCGUCGGGUCUUGAUCGCGUGCGCAACGACUUUUGUUUGAACAUAUGGGACGUCAAUCAGCGGUUAAGCCCUGCCGGGCCUACUAAAGGGUUUCACGAGCCUUUGAGGAAAUUGGCAAGCUCCGAACCUAUAACCAGUAUAAAAUUCUUUCGAGAUCAACCAGACACGCUGGUAACGGGUGUCAAGGGUCAAUUUGUCCGGAUCUAUGAUCUAAGAGAGGGCCCCGGAAACCCUUCGUUCCAGUUCCAAACACGUUGCGUUCACAACCUAGCUAUCGAUUGGCUUGAUGAGAAUUAUAUCGCCUCUUGCGCGACCUCUAAUGAUAAUACUGUUUGUGUAUGGGACCGCCGAGUUGGACCUCGUCUUACAUCUACCUCCAUGGGUACUUCCACGCCAAACCCAGAUUCCAAUCAGGCAGUUGCUGCGCUCCAGCUUAAAAAUGUGUUUAAUUCCCAGACUUCAAUCUGGAGCUUGCGAUUCUCCAAAACCAAUCGAGGCUCCUUGGGCGCACUCUCCAGUUCGGGUCAUAUGAAAACUUUUGAAGUCGCAAAAGACCAUGUGUCGGAAGAGUAUCGUUCCUCUAUAGAUGACACUCUUGGUCAAGGAUCCUCUCAAAAUUAUCCUGAACCCGUCUACACAAAACAUGUGCGGGACGUGCGUGCUCCGUUUGACCACCCAACUCGUGGGUGUGGGGAAAAGGAACGUCUAGUCGCCUUUGACUUUUUGAAUCUCAGUGUCUCAUCGCAACCCAGUACUAUCGCAAUUGACGGUAAUGGUUUACCACAAAUCGUGACCCCCCGCCCGCCAUGUCCACCUAUAACGCUAUCAUCACAAGGGGUACUGGCAUGCGGUAUCUCGUCAAGCGACUCAGAAUUGAGGUCUAUCCAUCCACUAUCUGAGCAUAUAUCUCCUAUCUCCCAACUUGUCGGAAACAUCAGGUCACGCAUUUCGUGGACCUCUCAGGAAAUGAAGCCUGCUACAGACAAGAAGAAAUCUCAGACUAAAUCUUCGGGCUCUGAUCCUGUUCCGAGCCGAGAAGCUCGGGAGCGUGCGCUAUCUUUGGGAACAUUCGGGACUCUACUCUCAGCGAAAGAAGCUUUAACUCUAUCUACACUUGGCCGGUUCCGGUGUAAAGAGGGAUAUCUUUUUGAUGAAGCAAAGAACCGAGGAAUUGUGGGAGACGAUGUGGUUCUCCAAGACUUGUGGAGCUGGAUUGAUCGUGCUCGAUCUGACUCUUCUGGGGUAGCCAUGGUCGUCAAUGGAUUGGAUAUGAACUAUCUUGGUGUGAAUAAUGUGUGGCAUAAUGAUCUCGGCAAUGGCCUCGAAAGAAGGCGACUCGGCUCCAAAGGAGAUGAUGCAAAGCUUGCAACGGAGGUGAUUGUUCAGCUGGCUGAACAGUUGAAUCUACCAGAGUUUAAUGGCUCCCAGACUGCUCAUCCCGAGCACCGGCGGCUUUGCCUUCGUCUUUGCGGCGCAGCUCAAUCACAUCGAGAACUUGAGAGCUUGGUGAAGAAAUUAUCUGCGGAUAAUCAACACACAAAAGCCGCUGCUUUGGCCAUUUUCCAAGCUGAGUCCAAAAUAGCAUACUCAGCUCUUCGAAGUAAUGAGCCCGCGCAGGCACAUAAACUGCUUGCUAUGGCUAUAGCAGGUGCUGCGAAAGGUGAUAAUAGUUCCGACUGGGAAGACACAUGUGCAGAAAUUUCGAAGGAACUCACUGAUCCUUAUGCACGAGCAAUUCUUGCUUUCGUGAGUAAGGGCGACUGGCAUGCUGUUGUAAAUGAAGCCACACUUCCCUUGAAAUACCGAGUUGAGGUUGCUUUGCGUUGGCUUCCGGAUGCGGAGCUUGGUGAAUAUUUGAAAGAGGCCACCGCAGAAGCAAUGCGACAGGGUGAUAUUGAGGGCGUCGUGUUGACCGGCUUGGGUCAUCUAGCGAUGGGUCUAUUCCAAUCUUAUAUCGACAAAUUCAACGACAUCCAGACGCCUGUACUAGCAAUGAGCUAUACAGUACCACGAAUCAUUAGCAACUUCGGACAAAUCGCUCAAUUUGAAGCCUGGCGUGAGACGUAUCGCCGACAAAUGAAUUCCUGGAAACUUCAGCUUGAGCGUGCACGCUUUGAUGUCGGCUCUCGUCAAUUUGCCGUGACCGUUGACGGCCGUAAUCUUGUUCCUCCUCCACCCCAACAGGUUAGCCUGACUUGCAACUUUUGCACCCGUCCUCUCACACAGAACGAUGCUUCAUCCCAAAUUUCCCCAUUGACUACAACAGAAACCGUUCACCCUACGGUGGGUAGCCCUCUCGGAUCCGCAGGCAUGGCUGGAACAGUUUGCCCUCGCUGUGGUCGCCACAUGCCCCGCUGCGGUGUUUGUACACUUUGGCUGGGCUCGCCAGAUCCGAUGUCACGCGCUAGCAUUGCUGCUGAUGCAGAAUCUAACACUGAUAAAGCCACGGAAACUGAAGUGAUGCGCCGGUUUGUGGUCUUUUGUAUACAUUGCAAUCAUGGAUUCCAUGCACAUCAUGCCCGCGACUGGUUCACUCGACAUAAGGUUUGCCCGGUCGCUGAAUGUAGCUGCAUUUGUGAUCGGUGA